AUGUGUAUAAUUCCGGGACUAAACACUAUCCCUCCCGAGGUCGUCAUCAAAAUAUUUGGUGAACUCUCUCUGUUAGAGGCGCUUCACCUGGCCGCGACUUGUUGUCGACUCCGCCAGAUCUUGGAUGAAAAUACGCCUACUAUUUACGAACGUCUACGCAGGCAGAUUCAAUGUGAAAAAUAUGCGAGAGUUCUACUCGCAGAUCAGGGGGUUCUGCCGUCCGGUUCUUCGGUAACUAUACAGGGCCUUUUACGAUUACGACGGAACUCCCGUAUCGUGGAGAAGGCGAUCGACGUGUUUGAUCGUGAUAUUACACCGCAUAUUCGGAUUCCCACUACGGAUGUUGAUGACGAAUUUUACGGAGGAAAAACGCGUCCGUUGCAUUUGACGCCGACAGAGCGUCAUCGAUUCACUCGGAGCUACUAUCAAGUCUGGAGUAUAUUCCUACUUGAUCGACCAUCUCGACAACAACGAUAUAGAAGUAUGCUGCUGAAGCAUUUAUACAUGCUCUACGAAAUGAUUUAUCUUGAUCAGCCGAUUGGUGACAAAACGGAAUCGCUCUCAUUUAACGAGAAGCGAACCGAACUCCUUCAAGAAGUUGACAAACUUCUCCGUUCUCUCUACCACCAUUUCCAUGGAAAUGAGUUUAUCAAUUUCUCAGGUUACAGCAUUUCCAUGCGCACACAAGGGCAUGCAGCUAUAUGGGACCAUUGCCAGCCUGAUUUGAAGUGUAUCGUUUGCUUCUCGUGGCGGUCUCCAAAGAAGCAGCCCGUCAAGGUUGAAGGAGUGUGGGACUGUACGACCGAAGAAGAGUGA